AUGGCCUUUUGUUCUUUCUUACAUUUUUCUUUCUUUCUUUCUUUCUUUUUUUCUUUUAUUUACUUAUUCUUUAUUAUUUCAGUCCAUUUAGCUUUUUCUUUCCAUUUCAUUUUCUUACUAUUUGCCAUUUUUUUCUCUUUUUUACUUCUAUUGAUCUUUUUUCGUUAUUUUUUCCUUCCAUUUUUAAAAAUCCUAUGGCUCUUUCUUUCUUUCUUUUUUCUUUCUUUCUUUUUUUCUUUCUUUCUUUCUUUCACUUUUUCUUUCCAUCUUUACUCUUUUAAAGUCCUAUGGUUCUUUGUUACAUUCUUUCUUUCUUUCUUUUUUCUUUCUUUCCCUUUUUCUUUCCAUCUUUACUCUUUUAAAGUCCUAUGGUUCUUUGUUACAUUCUUUCUUUCUUUCUUUUUUUCUUUCUUUCUUUCUUUCCCUUUUUCUUUCCAUCUUUACUCUUUUAAAGUCCUAUGGUUCUUUGUUACAGUCUUUCUUUCUUUCUUUCUUUUUUUCUUUCUUUCUUUCCCUUUUUCUUUCCAUCUUUACUCUUUUAAAGUCCUAUGGUUCUUUGUUACAUUCUUUCUUUCUUUCUUUUUUUCUUUCUUUCUUUCUUUCCCUUUUUCUUUCCAUCUUUACUCUUUUAAAGUCCUAUGGUUCUUUGUUACAUUCUUUCUUUCUUUCUUUCUUUCUUUCUUUCUUCUAUUCACUUAA